AUGUCCGGAUCAACGGCGCCACAAGAUCCACAGACAUGGACUACUCUUUGUCAAGGCGAUGUCGUCCGUGAGAGUAAUGAUACUUUAAAACAUGGCAUGAGGUAUUUACCCGUAGUCUCACCACUUGAUUCAGACAGUUCUCAGCUUGAUGAUGCCGACCUUCACUGCCACCCCAGCGCUACGCCUCAAGUGUUGAACAAAUAUCUUAAAGACAAUGAGCUAACACGCCACCAUGUCAUUCUCGCUGCGUCAGCUUAUACAAACUUGAUUGCGCACGAAUCAGCGCUGCAUUUGGUCGACCGGCCACUGUCAUACGGCGCGAUUGUCAAGAAAUCCCCAAAGGACCUCCAAAGUGGCACGGUCCUCGACUUAGGAGGCACCUACGAUGUUGCACACAGUUUUACUACUGUUGAAAACGAUGAAACUCCAUGUGAUCCCAAAAGGAUCGUUAAGGAUGUUGCAUCGGAAGACAUCGUCUUUUCUCGCGAGUGGGAGAUUGGAGACUACCUUAUUUGGAAAAAUUGCUGGCUUGGGGAGGUUGUGGAGCUCAUCGAAACAGUCACCAUUUGCCUUAGUAAUAACAGUGUUGUUGCCGUUGAAGUUCCUGGCCAGCUCAAACUCAAGAGAACGAAACCCCAUGGGUUUCCUAAUCCAGUUUCAGCAGAGACUGGGACAGGAACCCCUCCUGCCGCUAAUAUGACACUUAUGGGCGGCCUUGGGGCGGAUGUAUAUGCGCUUCUCGACCGUUUUCUUCCCCGGGAACCCGAUCAGGAUGAGCCCUUUGAUUUUGAGAUUGGGCAGAUUGUGGAAACUAGUAAGGGCAACCUUCGCAGGGGAAAGUGGCGGUUUGGGGCGUAUGACCCAAAUAUCGAGCCUGUUGGCAAGGUUGUUGAGGUCCGAACGAUAUCCCUUUGCAUCGAAUGGAUCUGCCAGAACAUGAUGGUUCGAACCCGAUUUGUGCCCAUUGAGCCUCCUGAGCCAUGGGUAUCAGAUGGGGAGGAAGCCUGGUUCCAGUUGAAGAAAUUUAAUCGUCAAUCGGACGGGGGAGCCGAUUUGAAGACUAUAAACCUCGAAAGAUACGACCGUGUCAGAUUCAAAGACUUGGACGCUGCCAUUGAAAAAUACAAUAGCUCCAAUUCAAACGGCUAUGGAAUGGUUGAAAGGGUUCCACGUUCUGCAACGCUGGGUUAUGAUGUGAAUGAGUUCAUGGUUAUCGCUAGGUCCUCUUGGGCUACAAUCCAAUGGCAAGAUCUCACCAUCACACGAGAAAGAUCCGUAGAUCUCAUCCGCUGUGAUAGCAGUGAUGAGCACGAACUCUGGCCUGGAGAUUUUGUGAUCACGAAACCCGAGACGGGGAGCGCGCCACAGACUUUGACUGCUCCUCCAAGUACCCAAGAGCAACUUAUUAGCGUUCCCAGCAACAACAACAGCAACAACAACCACCUAGGCGUGGACGAAGUAGAUCCGCCAUUGGUGUUCGUCUCUCCAGAAAGGCUUGGCGUUAUACAGUCGGUUGAUGCAGCAAGACGUAUCGCUCGGGUUCGUUGGUUCAGGUCCCCUAAAGUUGAACUAGCCGGGGAGAUGAUCAUCCCCGGGUCGAGUACCGGACAAUUAGAAGAGGCGACGACAGAGGAGGUUAGCAUGUAUGAAGUUGCUGCACAUCCGGCGUUAUCCAUAUGCCGGGGCGAUUUCGUCCUGGUCGCCCCAGAGCAAGUGGUAGAGGAUCCAACUGUUGGCCCGUCCAAUGCUUCGUCAUCGAGCCAGUCUACGUCUUCAGCCGACGCAACCGCCGCAGCUCGCACGUCCCAAACUGGCCAACAAUCCAACAUUAGUGCUAUCAGCGAGGCCCUUCGUGGUAUUGUCGAUACUGGGCUCAUCGCAAAUCUGUCGGCUUCCCUUAUAAACACCACGAAUCCGCAGCUGCACACACUUUCUCGGAUGUUGCACCAAUUCCCUCUCGGUCUAAGAAGCGAUAUUGGACAACAGCCACCUCCCCCCGCCGCCCCUGUCACCAAUACAGCUCUUGACUGGUUCGGCGAAGUGGUUGACAAAGGUCUUGAUGGCUUGGUAACCGUUCGGCUUGGAGCUUUAGAUGAUAUAAGAACCAUCAGAGUUCCCAUAGAACGUUUGACCGUUGUUUUUGAUGGCGAAGACUUCGACGAUGAGGAUGAAGACGGCACCGAUGAUUCUGUUAACAUGGGAUCCAGUGAUAGCGAGAAUAGCGGAAGCGAUACGAGUAUGGGGGCGGAUGACUGGAUCUCCGAGCAAAUCUUCUAUGAAGGAGGAGAGCCUAUGGAAGCAGGGAACGAAGCCGAUUGGCUCACCGAUGAAGAGAACGCUAGUGAUAUUGAGGAAAUGGAGGUUGACCAUCUUGUUGAUGGUGCGGAUCUGAACUCUCCAACGGAUACCCCCAACCCGCAAGCAGAAGGAUCAACUAUUAGCGCCACCAUCAAAAACACGUCUUUGAACAAGGCUGCUUCCGCAUCUCCGCCUCGAUUCAGUAUCCUGGAGGCUGCAAUUCCUUCAGACCAUGCCUUCGUAGCCCAGCCGGCUUUAGAGCAGUCAUUGGCCUUCCUAAGGCGCAUAAACAAGGAGCACAAAAUAUUGCAAACAACCCUUCCUGAGGGUAUAUUUGUCCGGACCUGGGAAUCACGGCUCGAUCUGCUCCGCGUGCUGAUCGUCGGACCUAGGAAUACACCAUACGAGCUCGCUCCCUUCGUUUUCGAUUUCCACCUAGGCCCAACUUUUCCGUCCACGCCUCCCACCGGAUAUUUUCAUUCAUGGACGAACGGAAUCGGGAGGGUCAAUCCCAACCUCUAUGAGGACGGCAAGAUAUGCUUGUCGUUGCUAGGUACAUGGCAUGGUGAAAAAAGGUCCGAGAAUUGGUCCAGCUCAGGGUCGAGUAUUCUACAAGUUUUGGUGAGCUUGAUGGGGCUGGUGCUUGUCAAAGAGCCAUACUACAAUGAAGCAGGUUUUAAUGUCUACCUGGGCGCAGAGGAGGCUACAGUCAACGCCAAUCUCUACUCCGAAAGAGCCUACAUUCUAUCGCGAGGUUUUGUGAAACGCGUUCUCGAGAAACCUGUGCUCGGUUUAGAGGAUAUCCUUACUUGGCUGUACGAUCCAAAAUCCGAUGGAGGGAUGACCCUUCUAGGUGAGAUUGUGCGGAAGGGCAAAGAUAUUGUCGCCGGUUGUGAGAGCGCACGGUCUGCUCAUCCGGGCUCCGCCGCAGAAAUCUCCGCUCUGACAUCAACAGAAAUCGACGGCAUCCCCAAAUUAACCGAGGGUGCGGUUGUAUUGUUGAAAAAGACUCUUACUUCACUUGAUGAAAUUUUAAUUAAGGCGCUGCAGGAACAGCAAUAA